UGUAAGCGGAUACGGAGAUUUAAAAAUCUGAAUUAUAGAUGCAGUAGUGAUGAGGCUGAUGGAACCAUUCCUAGACAAGGGCAGAAAUGUUACCACGGACAAUUUCUUCACAUCGCUGUCACUUGCGCAUAAACUUCUUAGCCGGAAAACCACCAUCCUCAGCACAGUCAACAAGAUUCGCCGGGAAAUCCCUCAAUCCGCUAGACACACAGAUCGCAAUGAAUUCACCACUCAGGUGUUUUCAACCACUGCUGCUACGCUGACGGCGUAUGCGCCCAAACGGAAGAAGACCGUCUACAUUCUUAGCAGCAUGCACAGCGUGAUUCAGACUGAUAAUACCACCAAAAGGAAGCCAAACACUGUCACCCUUUACAACACCACAAAGUGCGGCGUGGAUGUGAUGGACCAGAUGGUGCGGGAGUACACUGUCCGCACAGGGACACGGCGCUGGCCAGUUGCCGUGAUCUAUAACAUGAUUGACAUGGCAGCACUGAAUGCACAUGUGCUGUAUCAAGCAUGCACCGGAAGGCAGGAAAGACGGGUGGACUUCCUGGUGGAGCUUGCAAGAGAGUUGGCUAACUCACAUAUGUGUGCGAAGAAGGCAAGAAAAGAACAAUUGCUUCGGACACAACCCUCCACACCUAGCCCUGGAAAAAGAGCCAUGUGUCAGGUCAAACACCAAUGCAAGAACAAUCAUGCCACUGUGCAAUGUGUUCACUGCUACAGAUACACAUGUGGUAAAUGCAGACAGGAGAUACCAUGGCAGUGCCAGGAUUGUGAGUGAUUGCUAGAAUGUACUCACUCACUUUUUAAUAUUAUUUGUAAAUAUGUGUACAAAUGGUUGGUUUCUUUUUUAUUUUGUACUAUUUUUAUCAAUAAAUCUCAGCAACACAGGAAAAAAAAACAUGUGUGUUGAUUUCUCCCUAAGAUGGCAAAGUGAAACACAAGUUUCUUUGAAGUGGCUCAGCAUGGCCCCACAUUGUUUACAUAACAAAAGUAACUGUUCACAGCUGAUUAAGGAUAUUAGCCUAAAGCCUUCCAGCCCAUCGUCUGUCCUGCGGGUUUUAUAGGUAGAAAAGCCAAAUGGCUGCUCUCUGGGACUUCUAGUGUUAAGAAAAAAGAUAAGAACAUUAUUAACACUCUGAGGUCUGAAAACGCGCCGGCGCGUUUUGCAGGUUUUUUUCACAUUGCAGCAAAACAGACUUAAAAUACUCUGUCAUUUUUUG